AUGGCCCUGCAGUUGCAGGCUCUGAGCUUUCUCCUGGUGUUUGUAUCCCUGCUGGCAGCGCAGGGCCAGGAAGAACCCGAUCCCAAGGUCCAAGGAGAGUCCUGGGAAACAGAAACGUGCCAAAGGCCCCGGUGGGACUCAAGACUCCGGCUGGCACCAGACCAGGAGAAUUACAAGAAAAACGAAGAAGUGAUGCUGAGCUGCCCUGAGGGUUUCCAGCCGUCCUUCACCCACGUCAAAUGUUUGGGGGAAGUCCAGCCCACAGGCAACAGGAAACCUGUAUACAGAGACCCAUGGUUGGGAAGGGACAGCAAAGGUGCCUGGAUCCGCAUUCGGUCCAACGUGGAGUGCGUUGAGGUCCUCCAGGUUGUCCCCGGGACCUUGGAGAUUUCCAGCACCAGCAUCAAACUGAACUGGACCUGCAGGCUCCCUGACGCCUGCCAACGCAUGCGGGCCACGUGCCGUCUGGCAGGGCCUUCCUUCCCUCCCUGUGAGGCUGAAGAGGUGAAAGGAGAGGAGAUGCUACAUGGCCAGGAUGGAACAUUCACCUGUCCCCCUCUGCAGCCCUUCACUGACUACAGUGUCACCAUCUCCCUGCCGCCCAGCACGAUCCUUUUCACAUGGUUGGUCAGGACACAGGAAACAGUGCCGGACAAACCAGAGAAGCUGUAGCUGGAUCCCAGCACGGGGUCCCUCCGGUGGAAGGCGCUGCCCUCCUGCAAAGGGGAGAUCAUCGGAUACCAGGCAGAGAAGUUCACCUGCGUGUGCUACAGCUUCUCUGUUGUUGCAGGGCAGCCUCCGGUCCCGUGGGGCGGGACUGUGAUUGGCGUGGUUGUGCUUUUGGCACUCCUCCUCCUGUCUGCAGGGAUCCUGUGGUUCGUGCUUUCCAGGAAAAGGAAAUCUUUGCCCAGCAAAGCUAAGGAUGAUAAUUAAAAAGGUAAAGGUGGCCAGGCUGGAGAUAAGUCACUCCAGCCCCUGCCCAGGACCACAGGAGACAUUCAGAGCAGUGAAGGAGCGGA